AGCUCUUCAGGAACUGAAGCAGUGACCAUCAGCAUGGCAAACCCCGCGACGACCCUCACGGUCCUGGCUCUCGGGCUCGCGCUCCUGUGCGCUGCCGGCCCGGCCGCCGCGCAGAGCUGCGGCUGCCAGCCAAACUUCUGCUGCAGCAAGUUCGGCUACUGCGGCACGACCAUCGAUUACUGUGGCGAUGGGUGCCGGUCGGGGCCCUGCAUAGGGAGCGGCACCGGCACCGGCAGCGGCAGCGGCGUGGACGUGGGUAGCGUCGUCACCGACGCGUUCUUCAACGGCAUCAAAUCCCAGGCCGGGGGCGGGUGCGAGGGCAGUAACUUCUACUCUCGGGACGCGUUCCUGAACGCCGCCGGCGCGUACUCCGGCUUCGCCCACGGCGGCUCGGCGGACGAUGGCAAGCGUGAGAUCGCCGCCUUCUUCGCGCACGUCACACACGAGACCGGACAUUUCUGCUACAUCAGCGAGAUCAACAAGGACAACAGCUACUGCGACUCGAGCAAGACGCAGUGGCCGUGCGCCGCGGGGAAGAAGUACUACGGGCGCGGCCCGCUGCAGAUCUCGUGGAACUACAACUACGGGCCGGCGGGGCAGAGCAUCGGCUUCGACGGGCUCGGGAACCCGGACGCGGUGGCGCAGGACCCCGUGAUCGCGUUCAAGACGGCGUUCUGGUUCUGGAUGAACAACGUGCACGGGGUGAUGCCGCAGGGGUUCGGCGCCACCAUCAGGGCCAUCAACGGCGCGCUCGAGUGCAACGGGAACAACCCCGCUCAGAUGAACGCGAGAGUGGGCUACUACCAGCAGUACUGCCAGCAGCUCGGCGUCGACCCCGGGAGCAACCUCACCUGCUAGAGGUGUUGCUUGGGUUCAUGGAUGCAUGCUUGGCUCUAUAGAAGGAUAAACAUACUUGGUGAAACCGAGUACAAGUGCUAGUGAUUGUAAUAAUAAAUAAUUCAGGGGGCUGGACCUGAAUAAUAACGAAGCAGUUUGUAAUAGUAUAUGCGGAUUGCGGCGAACACUUUAGCAAUUAUCUAC